AUGAAACAGUUCCGAAAUUUAAAUAAAGAAGAGCUCCCAACUGGGAUUGAGUGUGGUGUCACCUAUAAAACAGAUAAUUUAACGCUUACUAUUAAUCCAUCAGCCUAUCUUAAUUACCUUCUUAAUACUUUUAUUUCUUUGGGUGGUACUACGCAACACGUUAGUUUAUCCCAUUUAAAUGAGUGUAUCGAAAGUGACACCGAUGUUGUAAUCAAUUGUUCAGGCAUUCAUGCUGGAACAUUAGGAUGUGUAGAAGAUCCCGAAGUUUACCCAGCAAGAGGUCAAACUGUAAUUGUACAAUUGCCUCAAGAAUACGUAAAUUGGGCUUUUUUCAGACAUUGUGCUGGAAGUAGUAAUACAUGGAGUGAUAAUAUGACAUAUGUGAUACCACGCGAAAAUGGAGAAGUAGUUCUAGGAGGGACUUUUGCUCAAAAUAUAUUUAAGUAUAAAUUAAAUUCAAAUUUUAGUUCAACAGAUGUUGAUGAUAACAUAGCUGAAGCAAUUAUUCAACGAUGUCUUGCUACUCCUUCUGAAAAGUUUGAUAAAAAAAUUCUCAUUUGUCAUAAUUAUGUUCAUGGAGGGUUUCAGUCAAGUUAUGGAACCGCUAAACACGUGAUCGAGAUUAUGGAAGAAAUGCUAGAAAAGCAAGAAAACGAGUCUAAUAAAUGUUGA